UGGCCAUUCUCAAAUUUAUUUCUUCGAACAGUCGGGACGCGACUGGUGAUUACGCAAACAGAAAUUUUCAAAAAUUUUGUUAAAAGUAGUGUGAGCAGUUGUAUAAAUUUGAUACGCUCGUACAUUAAAAUAAAUACGCGUUCGUUUAUAAAUUCGCGUGCCGUCAAUUUAGAAAAUAAAUUAUGAUGGCAAAUCCUGACAAGUGCGCGUUUUGUGGAGUGGCAGCGACGCAGAAGUGUGGCGGUUGCAGAAAUGUUGUCUAUUGCGGCAAAGAGCAUCAGGUUAUGCACUGGAAGAAGGGGCAUAAAGCGCAGUGCAAGUGUUAUGAGGUCUCUAUAAAUAACACCCUCGGUCGUCACUUGCGAGCCACACGCGACAUCAAAAAAGGUGAAAUUUUCCUGCGCGAAAAGCCGUUCAUCUACGGUCCCAAAGUGGCCAGCGCACCCAUUUGCUUGGGAUGUCAUCGUUUAUUGCCCGCACCUGUGCCGCCACAAACAAAUUUCUACAAGUGCACUCGCUGCUCGUGGCCCAUGUGCGGUCCGCAAUGCGAAAGCUCAUCGAUGCAUAUUGAUGAGUGCGAACUGAUGGCGGUUCGAAAAUUCAAUGCCAAAAUCGACUACGAUCCCACCAAAGAGCAGAUACGUAAAAAGGAGUCAGCGUACUGCGCUAUUCUACCGCUACGUUGCAUUCUACUGCAAAAUAAAAGUCCAGAGUUAUUUGAUCGCUUCGCCAAUCUGGAAGACCAUCUCAGUGAACGCAUAAAUACGCCACUCUAUAAGAUACUCAGCGCUAAUUUACUUACGUUCAUUAAGACGGUAAUGGGUUUCAGUGAGUGGAGCGAUGAUGAUGUGUUGCGCAUUGCAGCCCGCUUGGAUACCAAUGCUUUCGAGGUGCGCCAAACAGCGACAGCACAGAAACUGCGCGCAAUCUAUUUAAAUGCAGCGAUGAUCUCACACGAUUGUGUUUCGAAUGCGCGCCACACCUUCGACGAGCAGAUGCAGAUACUCUUCAUAGCGAAGCAAAAUAUAGCUAAGGGUGAAGUCAUUGCGACCUCCUAUACACAGCCGCUGAAAUGCACACCCAUGCGCCGUCAGCAUAUACAGGAGGCGAAAUGUUUUGAAUGUACCUGUGCGCGUUGCAAGGAUCCCGAGGAAUUGGGCACAUUUGCGGGCGCCAUAUUAUGCAGCAGAUGCAAAGUGGGCAAGAUAAUUUCUACCGAUCCGUUAGACAAUGGUGCAGUGUGGAAGUGCCAACUUUGCCCACACGAAAUACCCGCCAAACAGAUCAAUUUGGGUAACAACGCCAUCCUGAAAGAAAUCGAGACGUUGAACAAGAAGUCACCCAAUGCGCUUGAAGAGUUCAUCCAUCGCUACCGUGACACGUUGCAUGAGAAGAAUACUCACGUACUGCAAGUAAAAUAUGCGUUAACGCAGCUGUACGGAAAUUUGCCGGGGUUUCUAAUACGAGAAAUGAAUGACGCGGCUGUGAAGCGCAAGAUGGAACUUUGUCAGGAGCUGCUGGAAGUGGCGGAAGUGCUCGACGGUGGCUGGAGCAUAUUUCGUGGCAACCUGUUGCUCGAUCUGCAACAAGCAUUGGUGGAGCAAAUAAAACGUGAACACGCAAAAGGGUUGCUGACAGCAGAAAAUGUAUCUGAAAAGGUUGAGGAAGUAAUGGAAUUGCUGAAGGAAGCUGUGGAAAUAUUGAAGCUGGAACCGGAUAUGCAGGAUCUGCUUAAAGAGCGUACACAACAAUUAGCUACUGAACUGGAUAUGAAAUGUCUCCUAUAGUAGACAACCGCUGCAACCCAACAUAUAAAUAGUUCAUACUACAACUCACAGUUAUAAGUUAUAACUUCAAGUUUUAAGCUUUGUACAGAGUUCAAAAAAAUACAACAAAUUAUCAC